UCCUAUCCACACCCACCAAUGCUCUUCAUCCACCACACUCCAUACCUCUAUAAAGAUACUUUAUCCACCCCCACACAAACACAUAUUGGGUUCACAACCUUUUUUUCCCUGGUAGAGACAGCUGCUGCAUCUUAACCCAGGUACACUACAGGUGAACCUGAUCCCAUCUCCCCAUCCCAGUGACAGGCUGCCCUAAAGAACCCGUUGCACUAUAAUUACAUAGAAAUCUAGUCUCUCUCUCUCUCUCUCUCUCUCUCUCUCUCUCUCUCUCUCUCUCUCUCUCUUAUGUAAAGGUGCUGAGAAUUGUUGCUCUGUGGGGUGUAAACUACUGCCCCCAGGAUUCUAUGGGGGGAAGCAAUGUGCUUCAAAGCAUGGCAUGCUGGCAGCCUCACUCAUUGGCCCUUGGGGUGCCUCCAGACUCUCAGUUUUCUGUGGGAGGGAUCCAAGCGCUUACAGUACUGGGAAAUUUAGGUUUGUGCAAUUGAAGUGGAUUAAAGCGCUCUGGUGCCUUAGAGCAACAAAUCCACUUUUUAAAUAAAUAAAAAACCAGACGUUUGCAGUUAGGAAAGUGACAGGAAAAUGAAUGGUGAAGUCUAAUAUGAAUGACUGAUUAAUAGGAAGACAUAUAAACACUCGGUGAGCAAAUCAGGGUGAAUGUAAGAUGAAUGCUCGUUGCCAUAUAGCCACCCAGCAAACAAAUCAGAACAAAUAAACAAAUAAAUCGACCAUCAGGAGGAGUCUCAGGUGUCCCAGAAGGACCCAGCAAGAGUUCUGGAUCAAAUCUGCCACUAAAUCCUGCUCCCUCUUUCCCAGACAGCCGCAGCAGAACCCUGCACCCCAUCCCAUUACUCUCUGGACCCUUCUGGCUCCUCUGCCCAGCCUGAGGAGUCCUGGCUGCCAGCUCUUACCGUGCGGCAGAUGUUAAUCUGGGGAGGGGAGGAGGGAUUUGUUUUGCAGAUACCACAGCCAGGAGCAGAACAAAAAGGCCUGGAUAGCGGGGGUGAGGAUCAGAAGUGAGGGGGGAGAGAUAAUCCCCUUUCCCCUCUAUAAAACAUCCUCAUCCAUAAGAGCCAUCUCUUCUUCUGCUGAAGGGGACAAGGCGUCAGAAGCACCGUACGGAGGGUGACCAGGACACGCAGCACUCAGCGCCAUGCAGAACACCCUGGGACCAGCCUGCAUCUUCCUGCGCAAGGGGAUUGCUGAGAAACAGGGGGAGCGGGAACUGGGAGCAGAUGAAAUCGAAGAGCUCCGUGAGGCCUUCGAUGAGUUUGACAAGGACAAGGAUGGCUAUAUCAGCUGCAAAGAUUUGGGCAACCUCAUGAGGACAAUGGGGUACAUGCCGACUGAGAUGGAGCUUAUCGAACUGUCGCAGCAGAUCAACAUGAAUCUUGGAGGGCGCGUGGAUUUCGAGGACUUUGUGGAGAUGAUGACCCCAAAGCUGCUGGCAGAGACGGCGGGCAUGAUUGGACUUCAGGAAAUGAGGGAUGCCUUCAAGGAGUUUGACACCAACGGGGAUGGCGAGAUCACUCUGGAUGAGUUGUACCAGGCCAUGCAGAGGCUGAUGGGCGAGCGGCUGACGUCCCGGGAGAUUGCUGAUGUGGUGAAGGAAGCCGACGUCAAUGGAGACGGGACGGUGGAUUUUGAGGAGUUUGUGAGGAUGAUGUCACGCUGAUGGAGUCGCCCUCCCCUCUCUGGUUCCAACGAAUAUGUGAAUGUAUGGAGUUCAACAUCAAAUCCCAGUGUGAACUGGGAGGGGAGGUCAAACCUCCAUUUGCACAAAAGACUGAGCAGGGCAAGGGGUGGGUUGGCAGGGAGGCGUUCCUGGAUCGUCUUCCUAAGAGGAGGGCAAGCAUCCCACUUGGCAAAGUCCAAUCCCUGCAGGAAUCCCUUAUUACCAGGCAGCUGCAUUCGUCAAAUCUAUCCCACAACUGGUCCAACCAGCUCGGUUGAUCCCUCUCAAACACACCCCGGAAGGUCGCUUCCCAGCGCAACGCCCUGCCUUACCUCUCCCUCCCCUCCAGCAAUCAUGUACAAUAAAGACCUCCUGGUAUAGGAUCGCUCAG